CUUCAUGAGGCACAAACCUUCAGAGACAGCAGAGGACACAAGCUACUAGGACAAGAGCAGCAAGAAACCACCGGAAGGAACCAUCUCACUGUGUGUAAACAUGACUUCCAAGCUGGUUCUGGCUCUCUUGGCAGCCUUCCUGCUUUCUGCAGCUCUGUGUGAAGGUGAACUUAUGCCAAGGAGUGGUAAAGAACUGAGAUGUCAGUGCAUAAAGACAUACUCCACACGUUUCUCCCCCAAAUUUAUCAAAGAACUGAGAGCGAUUGAUAGUGGACCACACUGCGCCAAUACAGAAAUCAUUGUAAGGCUUGUUGACGGAAGAAAGAUUUGUCUGGACCCCAAGGAAGAGUGGGUGCAGAAACUUGUGCAGAUAUUUUUGAAGAGGGUUGAGAAUCAAACGCCAUAAAAAACAAUUCAUUCUUCAUGGUAUCCAAGAAUUCCUCAGUUAAGAUGUCAGUGAAACUUCAAGCGAAUCUACUUCAACACUUCAUGUACUGUGUGAGCCUGCUGUAGGAUUGCCAGAUAAAAUACAAGAUGCCUGGUUAAAUUUGAAUUUCAGUAAAACAAUGAAUAGUUUAUCAUUGUACCAUGGAAUAUCCAGAACAUACUUAUAUGUAAAAUAUUAUAUGUUUGAAUCUACAGCAAACAACAAAUACUUUUUAGAUAUAAGGGUUUUCCUAGACAUUGUAUAGAAUAUACAAUCAAGAAAAUUGAGGUCAAGAGCUAAGAGAAUAUCUGAACUUUAAUUUCAGAAAUUGAAUGGAUUUGCUAGAAUGUGAUGUUUCAAGCAUCAUGUGAAAAUGAUGGGACAAUUAAUUUUGCUAUAAUGUCAAAUUUAGCUGGAAAUCCUAAAUAUUUUUUUCUGUUAAAUCUGGCAACCCUAGUCUGAUAGCCAGGAUCCACAAGUCCUUGUUCCAUUGUGCCUUGGUUUCUCCUUUAUUCUAAGUGGAAAAAGUGUUAGCCACUAUCUUACCUCACAGGGAUGUUGUGAGGACGUGUGGAAGCACUUUAAAGUUUUUCAUGAUAAUAUAAAUUAUUUUCAAGUGUAACUUAUUUACCUAUUUAUUAUUUAUGUAUUUAUUUAAGCAUCAAAUAUUUGUGCAAGAAUUUGGAAAAAUAGAAAAUGAAGAAUCAUUGAAUAGUUAUAAUGAUGUUAUAGUACAUUAAUUUUAUUUUAGAUACUAAAUGAUGUUCUAUUAGGGAACUUUUGAUCAGGGUUUUCAGAUUAAACAAACGAAUGAACAAUUGGAUACCCAGUUAAAUUUUCAUUUCAGAUAAACAACAAAUAAUUUUUCAGUAUAGGUAUGUUAUUGUUUAUCUGAAACUGUAAUUGAACUAACAAUCCUAGUUUGAUGAUACUUCUGGUCCAGCUGUGUUAUGCAGUGCUUUGCUGAAUUAUGGAAUAAUGAGUUAGAACUGUAUUAAAACAGCCAAAACUCCACAGUCAAUAUUUGUAAUUUCAUGCUUGUUGAAACUUAUUUAUUAUGUGCAAAUAGAUUCUUAUAUUAUUUAAAUGAUUGUAUUUUUAAUACCAGCUUUAUAUUUUUAACUUUAAGGUGCUUUUAUCUGUUCCCCCAAUUUUUUCCUACUGUUUCUGACUGUAUGGAAAUAUAAAUGUAAAAAUAAAGUGUUUAUAACGUACUUUGUUGUCAAAGUAA